GCAGCCUAAGACCAUUCUCCGUCCUCUUCUCUCUCCUUUCUCUCUCCUUUCUCUCUCUCUCGGGAGAAAAUAUUCAACAAUCUCAAUCAUUUUUCCUGUAUAUAUAGAAAAGCUUGCAAGGAAAGCCAAAAUUGAAGGAUUGAGGUAGAGAAAAAUUAAGGAGAAAGAUGAAGAAGAAGAGAAUGGAUUGUGGGCCAUCAUCAGGGUCUCAUCUCUUUGUUUUCUUAUUUAGCCUCAUCAUUUCUGUUGGGAAUGCAGCUUUCAACCUCACCACCAUAUCCUUCGAUGAGGGUUACGCCCCUCUUUUCGGCGACGGCAAUCUCGUUCGUUCUCCUAACGGCAGAAGCGUCCGUCUCCUCCUCGACCGCUUUACAGGUUCCGGUUUUAUUUCCUCGAAAAUGUACAAAUAUGGAUUCUUCAGCGCCAACAUCAAACUGCCAGCGUAUUAUACUGCCGGUAUAUGUGUUGCCUUCUAUACGUCAAACGCAGACGCGUUCGAGAAGACACAUGAUGAACUAGACUUUGAGUUUUUAGGAAACAUUGGAGGGAAGCCAUGGAGAUUUCAGACCAACUUGUAUGGAAACGGUAGCACUAGCCGUGGUAGAGAAGAGAGAUACCGAUUAUGGUUCGAUCCCUCCAAAGAGUUCCAUAGGUACAGCAUUCUUUGGACCGAAACCCAUGUCAUAUUCUUCAUUGACGAUGUUCCAAUUAGAGAGGUUGUACGCAACGAUGCAAUGGGUAGUGAAUAUCCAUCAAAACCAAUGUCUUUAUAUGCCACGAUAUGGGAUGCCUCAAAUUGGGCUACUUCAGGUGGCAAGUAUAAAGUUAACUAUAAGUAUUCACCAUUUGUGUCUGAAUACAAGGAUCUAGUCUUAGAAGGUUGCCCUAUCGACGCUAUUCAGCAAAUUUCGACGGUUGCCACUUGCUCGGAGGCUAAUGCACGACUAAAGUCUGCCGAUUAUAAUAUCAUCACUCGCAAGCAACGUCUUGCUAUGCGUAGAUUUCGUCAACAUUUUAUGUACUAUUCGUAUUGUUAUGAUAUAUUACGGUAUCCUGUGCCACCACCGGAAUGUGUUAUUGAUUUUGAUGAGAAGGAAAGAUUUAAAGAUACUGGAAGGUUGAAGUUUGGUGGUAGCCACCAAAGCCACAAACAUCGAUCAAGGCGCCGGAGCAAAAAUCAUAUUGUUUCUAAUGUUGAUGAUCCCAUUAUGUGACAUCAAAUUAAUUAUAUAGCCAUGUAAAUUAUGUUUUUUAAUAUGUAAAAAAUAUGGAUCUAAUAACAUAAAUUUGGUGAUGAUAUUAUUUCUUGCUUUGUUUA